ACAUCAAGGGCGUUCGUUGAUUCGUCGCACUCGUCUCACUCCUGAAGGCUUCUCUGCUGUCUGUUCUCUAGCCCCAGAAAGACCAGCCGCCUGCGUAGCCUUCAAUCUGUUAGUGGUCCAAGUUAAGGUUAAUCCGCGUUCCCGUGUUCCUGUGCUCCCGUGAGGUGUGAGUGACGGCCAAGAUGAAGGGUCACAUGUUCAACAUUGACAAUGGCUAUCUGGAGGGUCUUUGCCGGGGAUUCAAGAAUGGCAUCCUCAAACAAACGGAUUAUCUGAAUUUGGUCCAAUGCGAAACUUUGGAAGAUCUGAAGCUGCACCUGCAAAGCACGGACUACGGCAAUUUCUUGGCCAACGUGCCCAGUCCCAUGCAGACCUCGGUCAUCGAUGACAAGCUUCGCGAGAAGAUGGUCACCGAGUUCCAGCAUAUGCGCAAUCACUCCGUGGGUGAGUUGGCCACUUUCCUGGACUUCAUCACCUACAGCUACAUGAUCGACAACAUCAUCCUUCUCAUCACGGGCACCCUCCACCAACGCCCCAUUGCCGAGUUGGUGAGCAAGUGUCAUCCUUUGGGUAGUUUUGAGCAAAUGGAGGCCAUUCACGUAGCCUCCACCCCGGCCGAACUCUACAACGCUGUCUUGGUGGACACGCCCUUGGCGCCGUUCUUUGAAAGCUGCAUCAAUGAGCAGGAUUUGGAUGAGAUGAACGUCGAGAUUAUCCGCAACACCCUCUACAAGUCCUAUUUGGAGGCCUUCUUCCAGUUCUGCCAACGCAUCGGCGGCGAAACCGAAGAGGUCAUGUGCGAGUUAUUGGCCUUCGAAGCCGAUCGUAGGGCAUUCAUUAUCACGAUUAACUCGUUUGGCACCGAGUUGACGAAAGAUGAGCGCGAGAAACUCUACCCAACGUGUGGCAAACUCUAUCCCGAUGGGUUGAAGGCAUUGGCCCGGGCCGAUGAUUACGAUCAAGUUCGAAGUGUGGCCGAGUAUUACUCGGACUACAAGAUGUGCUUCGAGGGAGCGGGUACUAAUCCUGGCGAGAAGACUUUGGAGGAUAAGUUUUUUGAGCAUGAGGUCAAAUUGAACGUGAACGGGUUCAUGCAACAAUUCCAUUUUGGCAUUUUCUAUUCGUUUUUGAAGCUGAAGGAGCAAGAGUGUCGGAACAUUAUUUGGAUCGCCGAGUGCGUGGCCCAGAAGCAUCGCGCCAAGAUCGACAAUUACAUUCCCAUCUUUUAAGCAAGCUUUUCCAUUGUCACUGACUGACCUUGUUCCAAGA